UUUACGUUUCAGUUUCAUUUAGAACGUGGAAUCGCACGGUCGCACAUAACGGAAAGUUAAAUUCGAGAAAAAUUCAAAAUAACCCUAAGACCAAAAAAAAAAACGAAAAUUUAUAUAUAAAAAAAAAUUUUCCAAUUUGCACAUUUUGCUGUUGUUCAAAAAGUUGAGAAAAGUGUGUGGGCUUUAAAAUUAAGAAACAAAAAAUAAUUGUUAAAACAAUAAAAAUCUCAAAAGAGACAUCCUCAAAACAAGUUUUGGUGAACUUUUGAUUGUGAGUUGAAGGUGAAGAAAGUACAAAUAAAUUUUGCGACGACUCUGAUUGCCUGGCAAUAAAGGACGUCAACUAUCAAUGUCAGCAGCCACUUGUUCCCGCGUAUCGACAAAAAUGGGCCCUACUACAAAUUCCAAAGUCAACUCUGUCGCUGGGGACUCAGUGCCAUUGAAACUAGGUCGCCAAUGUGCUGGUGUGGCCAAAGGAUAUGGAAGUGGUCGCAGUGCAACAACGGCCAGCAGUGAAUCAUCAGAUCCUUUUGAAUCCGACUACAGUGAAGAGGCCGAAGAGGAGGAGGAUUCAAAACACCACAGCUCGCGUGGAGAAAACAAUUAUGAAGACAUAGAUGGCGAUGAAGAAGAGAAUGAUAACGAAGAGGAGGAUGAUAAUGAUGAAGAAGAGGAGCAAGAUGAAGACGAUGACGGCAAUGAAACGGAUGAUGAAGAAGACGACAGCACAGAGGAUAAUAGCAGUGUGGAAACAGCCAAAGGUGUAAGGAAAUACAGUCUGGAUGACUAUCAAAUUAUUAAAACCGUGGGCACUGGAACAUUUGGUCGUGUGUGCCUCUGUCGUGAUCGAAUAUCCGGAAAAUACUGUGCUAUGAAACUGUUGGCCAUGUCCGAUGUUAUUCGUUUGAAACAAAUAGAGCAUGUGAAGAAUGAACGCAACAUAUUGCGUGAAAUCAGACACCCUUUUGUUAUAAGUUUAGAAUGGUCCACCAAAGAUUAUUGCUGUUUGUAUAUGAUUUUUGAGUACGUUUGUGGUGGAGAACUCUUCACAUAUUUAAGAAAUGCCGGUAGAUUUAAUAGGCCCACAUCAACCUUCUAUGCAGCUGAAAUAGUGUUGGCCUUAGAAUAUUUACAUUCAUUGCAAAUAGUGUACAGAGAUCUGAAGCCAGAAAAUUUACUCAUUAAUCGUGAUGGGCAUCUGAAGAUCACAGACUUUGGUUUUGCCAAAAAGCUAAGAGAUCGUACCUGGACACUGUGUGGUACACCGGAAUAUUUGGCACCUGAAAUUAUACAGUCCAAGGGACACAACAAAGCUGUGGAUUGGUGGGCUUUGGGCAUUCUGAUUUAUGAGAUGCUCGUCGGCUACCCGCCAUUCUACGAUGAAAAUCCAUUUGGUAUCUAUGAAAAGAUUCUGAGUGGCAAAAUAGAGUGGCCUCGUCACAUAGAUCCCUCAGCAAAAGACUUAGUUAAGAAAUUGUUAACAAAUGAUCGUACAAAGCGCUUGGGCAACAUGAAGAAUGGGGCUGAUGACGUUAAGAGGCAUCGAUGGUUUAAGGAAUUGAACUGGGAUGACGUCUACAACAAAAAGCUAAAGGCGCCAAUCAUACCUGAAGUUCAGUAUGAUGGGGAUACAAGCAAUUUUGAUGAUUAUCCAGAAAGUGAUUGGAAACCAGCACAGGCAGUAGACCAAAGUGAUUUUCAGUUAUUUAAAGAUUUCUAAUUUUUAAAUGACAUAGGCUUAAUAGAGUUCCCAUUAAUUUAUUAUUAUUUAUUAAUUUAGUUGUAUAAGAUUGAACGUACAUAUGUAUAUGAAAAACAAUUUGAUGCCUAUAACAAACAAAAUAUAAGACUCCAGAAAUUUUGAUUUGUAUGAA